UUUCACACUUCUCCCACGCGGUUAGGUAAUUCAAAACAAAAUGCAAUUCGUAGGCUAAUCAGCGUGGAACGUCAUCUCAUUUCUAAUCCUGAGAAAUACAACCUCUAUCGAAAAUUUAUGAAGGAAUACCGUGAUUUAAAUCACAUGGAACUGGUUCCGGACUCUGACAUUAAUAAAAUCGAAAGUUUAUACCUUCCUCACCAUGGAGUUGUCAGAGACACUAGCUGCACAACAAAGCUUCGUGUAGUUUUUGAUGCUUCCAGUAAAACUUCAUCCGGACUCUCUCUCAACGAUCUGCUCCUGGUUGGUCCAAGAGUGCAACCAGAACUUUUCCCUAUUCUCAUCCAGUUUCGACUUUUCAGUGUAGCCAUUUGCGCUGAUGUUGAAAAGAUGUUCCGCCAGAUUAAAGUUCAUGAGGAAGACGUAGACUGGCAAAGAAUUCUUUGGAGGAAUUCUCCUACCGAACAAAUAAAAGAAUAUCAUCUAAUUACCGUUACGUACGGUACGUCCUCAGCACCAUUCCUCUCCACGAGAACCUUACAACAGCUUACCAUAAAUGAACAAGAAAAAUAUCCAGACGCUUCAAGAGCUACCCUUUGUCGUUUUUACUUUGAUGAUUUGCUGAGCGGGAGUGUAACAAAGGAGGGAGCCAUUCAACUGGUGUCCGAGCUGCAGGAAAUGAUGGAGAGACUUCCUCUACUUACAAAUAUCAAGAUUCCACGCUAUAUCCUUAUUCCACCGGCUACAAACGUACAAGUACACGUAUUCUGUGAUUCUUCAGAGAACGCCUACUGUGCAGCUGUAUACAUUCGUUCCAAGGAUGCAAACCAAGCCGUGACAUCUAGACUGCUAACUUCCAACACAAGUGUCACUCCAGUGAAACCACAGUCUCUACCUCGACUGGAACUCUGUUCUGCCCUACUUCUGGUCAAUUUGUUACAAGCUACCUUGCCAACGCUAACUGUUUCAAUCUCUGAGACCUUUGCAUGGUCUGAUUCCAAGAUCACGCUGGCAUGGUUGAAGUCCGAACCAAGAAGAUGGCAACCGUUCGCAGAUAAUCGAGUAACACGAAUUCAAGAGCUGACUCCUAACGUGCACUGGAACUUCGUGAGUGGUUUGAAGAAUCCUGCUGAUUGUGGAACGAGAGGGAUAACCCCAACUAAACUAGAAAAGUGCGACUUGUGGUUCAACGGACCUGAUUGGUUAAAUAGUUCUACUUUUCCUAAUGGAAGGUUUGAGGAUAAUUCACAAUUACAAUAA